AUGGAGAUUCUACAGUGCAAGAACUGCAGUACUGUUAUUGCCGUAGCGAAUGAUUGCAUUAGGGUGACUAUGAAGGAGAGACAUGGAAUAUUCCUAAAAUGUGUAAACUUGGCUGAGGUAGAGAGGGAAUACCGUGAUCCUUCCUUUAGCAUACUGGCGACAGAUGUGACAUGCGCUGCGUGCCAAGCUUUCUUGGGAUACAAGAUUCAAAGGGUGGAGGAUCCCAUCAUUGAAUUUCCAAAGGAAGGUCAAUUUGUGAUGUUCCUGCAUCAACUAGAUGCUGCUUUUCAAGUGCAUGCAAACGACGCUGCUCCUCCUUGA